UCGCCGGGAGUUCGGAGCGCGGAUAAAUGUAGCGCCGCGGUGCGGGCGGGCAGCUCUCCGAGGGGCCGGAGCGCAGCGGAGCUAUGCAGUACCCUCACCCCGGGCCGCCGGCCGCGGCGGGCGCCGUGGGGGUGCCGCUGUACGCGCCCACGCCGCUGCUGCAGCCUGCUCACCCGACGCCGUUCUACAUCGAGGACAUUCUGGGCCGUGGGCCUGCCGCUCCCACGCCCACCCCCACGCUGCCGUCCCCCAACUCCUCCUUCACCAGCCUCGUGUCCUCCUACCGGACCCCAGUGUACGAGCCCACGCCGAUCCAUCCCGCCUUCUCGCACCACCCCGCCGCUGCGCUGGCCGCCGCCUACGGCCCUGGUGGCUUCGGAGGUCCUCUAUACCCCUUCCCGCGGACAGUGAACGACUACACGCACGCCUUGCUUCGCCACGACCCCCUGGGCAAACCCUUGCUCUGGAGUCCCUUCUUACAGAGGCCUCUGCAUAAAAGGAAAGGCGGCCAGGUGAGGUUCUCCAACGACCAGACCAUCGAGCUGGAGAAGAAGUUCGAGACCCAGAAAUACCUCUCCCCGCCCGAGCGGAAGCGUCUGGCCAAGAUGCUGCAGCUCAGCGAGAGACAGGUCAAAACCUGGUUUCAGAAUCGACGAGCUAAAUGGAGAAGACUAAAGCAGGAGAACCCUCAAAGCAAUAAAAAGGAUGAACUGGAAAGUUUGGACAAUCCCUGUGAGCAGAGGCAAGACUUAUCCAGUGAACAGAAUAAAGGUGCUUCUUUGGAUAGUUCUCAUUGUUCACCCUCCCCUGCCUCCCAGGAAGACCUUGAUUCAGAGAUUUCUGAGGAUUCUGAUCAGGAAGUGGACAUCGAGGGAGAUAAAGGCUAUUUUAACACUGGAUGAUGAUCACUGGCAUUAGCAUGUUCAGAAAAUUGGAUGGGAAAUAACAUUUUGCUACAGAAAACACAGAAGAACUAGAAAGCUAUGUGAAAAAGGGAAAUCAAUUUUCUGGUGUUCUGGAAACCUAAAAUAUUUGGUGCACUGACUAAUUAACAAACCUACAUUGAAACCUUAAUUUUGACUUAACCAAUGGCAUAUGUACUGAUUUUAGGUUGUUUUGAUAAAGUGACUAAAUUCACCCCCAUUUUUUAAAGAAGUAAAUUGAUAUUUCUAUUUAUAAAAAAUAAUUUUGAACUUUUGUUAAAUUUUUAAGUUAUAACUUUAAUAGUUUUUUUUUCUUGAAAACUUUUCAUAAUCUGUGUCUACAUCCUACUUAAUGAGAAAGCAAAGAAAUACCCCAAAUUCAUAGGUACGCCUUGGAAAGGGGGCCCAACUUUCAGGCAGCCUUGGAAUACUAUAAAAAAGAGACAUUCUUUACUUUUCUAUGACAUUCUUGCACUGCUGCCUUAAAUCCAAAGCCAUCUGUUGUCUUGGGAUGUGUGUUCCUUUUGUUUCAAAAGCAAGAAUUGAUAAGACUAGACCUAAAUGGUUGUUUUGCACCGUCAUUUAGUAUCCAUUUGACCAAAGUGUUAAGGGGAUACAGUACCGUCCUACAGGCAGAGAAACUGACUCGCUGGUGAUUAAUCACAGAUAAACUAGAACUCGCAGGUUAAGUGUAAGUAGAUUGUAGAUAUUGUGUUUUAUAUCAAACAAUGUCUAUAAAGUGUGUAUAUAGAAUUGUCACUGUAAAAAAAUGACCAAAAUGUUGUUUUGUUUUUUAAUGAAUUACUUGUUUAUAAAAUAAACCCGUCCAUGGGACGACUGACCUUG